AUGUCCGGGGCAGCGGAAGGUUUGGCUGGGCUUGCACUAAGUGCAAUCAGCGUUGCAGCCUUGUUCACGACUUGUAUUGAGUGUUUUGACAUUGUUAUCGCCGGGAAGAACUUCAGUGAAGAUUUUGAGCAGUUGUGUGCUUUGUUCUCAUUGGAGCGUGCUCGAUUUGGGCUCUGGGGCGAGUCUGUAGGAUUAAUCCCUGAACCAAAUACUGGCAUACGUUUGAAGUAUGAUGAGAACAUCGACAGACCCGACAUUCGGCCAGGGGUAGAGAGAAUUCUCAACAAUAUCAAGUCGCUGCUCGAAGAAGGAGCUAAGAUCAAUAAAAAACAUCAAAAAGAUACGUCUGCUUGGAAGGUGACUUCCUGGGCGGUGCAUGAUGCGCGAAAGUUUGAAAGCUUAAUUGAACGACUGAAAAGAUAUGUUGAUGGGCUUGAAAGUAUAACUGUGUCUCUUGGUCUUCUAAAAGAUCAACAUUCUAGACUAAGACAAGAAAUUGAUAUCAUAUCAGACGUGGAAAGUCUGCGAUUGCUCCGAGAUGCUACUUCAAGCCAUAAAGAUUCUGCUAGUCUAGUUGUUUCAGACACUGCAAGCAGCCGUAUGUUCACACUUGAGGGAAAUGGGUAUACAACCAGAGGUAUCACAAAAUCAUCGUUUACUUACGGCUCGAGUUUAUCAUUCAAAACUGCCUUGUCAAAGCCAUCGCAAGAUAUCGACAGUCUGGUUUCCGCGGCUCCGCAGCCUCCUGGAGCUUGGCCACGAUUGCUGCAAUUCCCCAAGAACACGACAAAAAGGGCACUUCUAAAGUCCGCCAGAACUUGUGAACAAUGUUUUCACGACGAAAAGAAAUGUGUGACGAAUAAUGAAGUACUUCAAUGUUAUAGUUGUGUCCAGACUGGGAAAAAUUGUAGCCUCUCAAGACCAUCCGCUAAAAUUUCGCCUACAACUUCAGCGCCGGUCUCUCAUGAAACAGCAUCUUUGGAUAAUGAUUUUACCAAUGAAUCUUCUACAGACCAAGUGUCACAGAACCGCCGUCUUAUGCAAGGAAUUAUUGCUGUCACUGGGUACCGCCAGCAUCUGAGCUUCUCCGACGGCGAUAAACACAAUGGAGAUCGACUUACUGCUACUAAAAACCAGGAUCUAGAAUACUGGGUUCAUAAUUCUGGAAAGUUGGUUUCGAAUGCUGAUACUGGUACUGCAGCUUUGAAGCGAGUUUUUCUCGAGCUUCGUGAUAUCCGCCAGGCGAAUGUACCAUUUAUGAGCGCUAUUCCUGUCAAUGACUGUCUGAAUACUAUACUUGCUAGUAUAGAGGGGCCCCCCGAGACGCCCUUUGAAGGAGGAAUAUUCUGGAUUACUAUCAGAAUAACUGAUCGAUACCCUCGCCAAUUGCCACUCAUGAGAUUCAACACUAAAAUUCAUCAUCCUAAUAUAUCCCCACAAGGAUAUGUUUGCUACGCCGAUGGUCAGCUUCAAAAGUAUUCAAAACUUCUGAAUAAAAACGACAAGUGGUUCUUGGGAAGUGAUAGAAAGCUCAACUGGUCACUUGGAGCACUACUCACCGCACUAUGCGGUCUUCUAUCUUCUCCAGACGUGGAUAAUCCUCUAGUGCCAGAGAUUGCGCACACUUAUCUUGACAAUUAUGAUGAAUAUUGUUGCAACGCCCGACUAUACACCAAAAUGUACGCUAUUGGUGAGAGGCCAGACGAAUCACAUCUUCUAUUUCCUGAUGAUUCCUCCGAAGAAACUGAUGUCAUGGACUCUUUUCAUGAUGAUUACGAAGAAGAAAAGCCCGGCAGUGAUUUACAAAGCUUACAAAGCUUACAGACCUCUCUUAGAGAGGUGUACGAUACCAAUAUAAAUCUUACAGACCUCUCUUAG